CCAUUCUUCUGGCUGACGUUCAGCGCGCCAAACAAACGUCCAUCUCGGGUCCGGCCAAUGGCUUCCCUGUGCAACGGCAACGGUAGCGUCCAAUCCAGAGCCACCAUGUCGUCGGGUAUCAGCGUUGGUCCCACUGGAUGGAUCCCCCUGAGCAUCUAUUCGUCGUCUGUCGUCUCGUCGUGCUCUUCUACCACGUCUUUGACAGUGCUGUCGCAGCAUCUUUCGAAAGGCGGUCCGUUGGUCUGCAUAUUUCCAGAUGCCCGGGUGUGAGACAAGCUGCGCGGCGCGGUGCUGGGCACACUGACUGGACGCUGCCCUCUGCUUUCGCUGCGCGGUGUGCCAACUCGGACUGGGCCGAACUGAACUGGACUGAACCGGACUGAAUUGGACUUGGACAGGGCCUGUCGGACUUGACAGGCUCAAACUUGUCUGGUCCGUGUUGCUUGCCCCCC